UGGCGACACCAUAUUUAUCGAUAUCGCGCAUGUGCUUUUGCUAUUGCUAUAAUUGCUGUUGAAUGCAAUCUGCAUUAGAAACAAACGUUAAAUAUGCCAACUGAAGAACAGGAUCCGGUCGAGUUGAUGUUGAAAAAAACAGGCUGUAUUGAGCUACACUACAAGGUGCAGGAGUGCAUUGCAGAGACGGGCGACUGGCGCAUGUGUCAGGACAAAGUGAAAGAGUUCAAGGCGUGCAUGCAAAAAUAUGUGGAUGAACAGUCCAAGAAAUAUUCCAAUGUUAAGUAA